CCAGACCCCAGACUCGACGGCGUGACAGCAACAUACGACCCUUCCGCCAUCAUAGCCACUCUAACAGAACACUACCAAGCCCUCUCGACCCUCCCUUUCAUCUCCGCCUCCGACAUCCUCUACCCUCCCCCCGAUGGCUGGCCCAACAUCACCAAACAGAACUUCUCCCCCCUCAAAAAGAGC